CUGCAAAAAUUGGAUUUGAAAUAUUUUCAGUAACAGAUGGCAUGGUUGCAUUUGUAUUCCGUGCGCGCGUAGGAAUAUAACGCCUUGCACCCGUCUUCGGCAGCCUUUUCCGUUUAGCAAAAAGCUGAGUGAAUCAUGUCUGUGCACGAAAGGAGACCUGAGGAUUGGGACAAAAAUGGCCCGGCUUCAGAUAAAGAACCAGAGAGAUAUGAUGGACCUCCAGGAAUGGAACCUGAUGGGGUUAUUGAAUCUAACUGGGAAGAAGUUGUUGACAAUUUUGAUGAUAUGAAUCUUAAAGAAGAGCUUUUAAGAGGAAUUUAUGCCUAUGGUUUCGAAAAACCAUCUGCAAUUCAACAGAGGGCCAUAAUACCUUGUGUCAGAGGGCAUGAUGUUAUAGCCCAAGCUCAGUCAGGAACAGGAAAGACAGCUACAUUUUCCAUAUCAAUUCUCCAACAAAUUGAUACAUCGGUAAGGGAGUGCCAAGCUCUUAUUUUGGCACCUACUCGUGAAUUAGCCCAACAAAUUCAGAAAGUAGUCAUUGCCUUGGGAGAUUUUAUGUCUGCGCAAUGCCAUGCCUGCAUCGGUGGAACCAAUGUUAGAGAAGAUAUGAGAAAAUUAGAGACUGGGGUACAUGUAGUUGUAGGAACUCCUGGUCGAGUAUAUGAUAUGAUUACUAGACGGUCACUUAGAACAAGUCACAUAAAAAUGUUUGUGUUAGAUGAAGCUGAUGAAAUGUUGUCUAGGGGAUUCAAAGACCAAAUUCAUGAUGUAUUUAAAACAUUGAAUGUGGAUGUGCAGGUUAUUUUGCUGUCUGCCACAAUGCCGUCUGAUGUGCUUGAUGUAACUAAAUCUUUCAUGAGAAAUCCAAUCCGAAUUUUGGUCAAAAAAGAGGAACUUACUUUGGAAGGUAUUAAACAGUUCUUUAUAUUCGUCGAAAAGGAAGACUGGAAGCUGGAUACACUGUGUGAUUUGUAUGAUACAUUGUCGAUUACUCAAGCUGUAAUUUUCUGCAAUACACGUCGCAAGGUUGAUCAGUUGACUGACAAUAUGCACAAAAGAGACUUCACUGUGUCUGCCAUGCAUGGUGACAUGGAUCAGAGGGAACGAGAUGUUAUUAUGAGACAAUUUCGGACAGGAUCAUCUAGAGUUUUAAUAACUACGGAUUUGUUAGCUAGGGGUAUUGAUGUACAACAGGUGUCUUUAGUUAUAAAUUAUGAUUUACCAUCGAAUCGGGAAAAUUAUAUACACAGGAUUGGUCGAGGUGGUCGUUUUGGUCGUAAGGGUGUAGCUAUAAAUUUCGUUACAGAAGAUGACAAGCGUACUCUGCACGACAUAGAGCAGUUUUACAAUACAAAAAUAGAUGAAAUGCCAAUGAAUGUGGCGGACCUUAUUUAAAUAUCGAGCCGGAGAGUGCUAGCCGGCCUUGCCUGAAGUUACAUUUGGUGCCAGCGACGUGUUUUGCGCUUGACACACGAUAUAAACUCUUUAAUAUAAGUGUAUUUUAUAUAUAUAACGGUUUUUUUUCUAUCAGUUAUUUUUAUGUAUAGUUAUAGUUAAUUAUAUUCAAACCCUACAGUUGAAUGAAAAUCCCCCUCAGGGGUAGGUUCCCUAUGGAACUUUUGGGCUUAUCCAUUAGGCGUGUUUGCCUUAGAAAAGAUUUAGUUGGUUUUUGGAAAGGUUAUUUUAAUCAUAAACGAUGUAGAAGGAAAUUUUCCUCACUCAGUGUUAAUAUUUUGUAUUAUACUAUUAAAAUAAAAUUCUGAAAACAGUA